UGUCUCACUAACGUCCGACAGUCCCUGAACGCAGCAAGCUGCAAAACUGCGAGAGAAGCGGUGAUUGAAGGGGAUAGCAGAGCGGCGGUGGCGACGACGGCCAUCUUAGAGCUACCGUAGUAACCGACACUCAUCUUCUGGAUUUUAUUUUUCUUGUUACACAAACAUUCCGCCUGACUGACGAGGGAAGAAGAAGGUUGUUUUUUACUUCGCCGCGGUUGAACUCGAAGUCGGGAUGCGGUUCCGAGGGAAUACACAAUUUGCAUCCGCUGUCGGACUGGUCCUCGGACUAUUAUGUGCGGUGGAGGCAGCUAAAGCCAAUAAGCACAAACCAUGGAUCGAGACGACGUACCACGGGAUCGUAACGGAAAACGACGACAAAGUACUCCUGGACCCCCCUCUAAUUGCAUUGGACAAGGACGCUCCUCUACGCUACGCAGAGAGUUUUGAGGUGACCCUAACUGAAGAAGGUGAGAUUUGCGGCUUCAGGAUCCACGGGCAGAAUGUCCCCUUUGAGGCAGUGGUCCUGGACAAGUCCACUGGCGAGGGGGUCAUCCGGGCCAAAGACAAGCUGGACUGUGAGCUGCAGAAGGAACACACCUUUACCAUCCAAGCCUACGACUGUGGAGAGGGUCCCGAUGGCGCCAACAUGAAGAAAUCCCACAAGGCCACUGUCCACAUCCAGGUGAACGACAUCAACGAGUAUUCACCGGUGUUCAAGGAGAAGUCCUACAAAGCCACCGUCAUCGAGGGAAAGAAAUAUGACAGCAUCUUGAAGGUGGAGGCAGUGGACGCCGACUGCUCUUUCCAGUUUAGCCAAAUCUGCAACUACGAGAUCGUCACCCCUGACGUGCCCUUCACCGUCGACAAAGAUGGCUUCAUCAAGAACACGGAGAAACUGAGCUAUGGCAAAGAGCGCAUGUAUAAGCUGACUGUGACCGCCUACGACUGUGGAAAGAACCGUGCCUCCGAGGAUGUUCUGGUCAAGAUCAGCGUCAAGCCCACCUGCAAACCCAGCUGGCAAGGCUUCAGUAAGAGGAUUGAAUAUGAGCCUGGCACAGGUAGCCUGGCCCUUUUCCCCAGCAUGCACUUGGAGACCUGUGAUGAGCCAAUCACAUCCAUCCGAGCCAGUGUUGAACUGGAAACCAACCAUAUUGGAAAGGGCUGCGACCGUGACACCUACUCUGAGAAAUCUCUGCACAAGCUGUGUGGAGCCAGCUCCGGCACUGUGGAGCUUCUGCCUGCACCCAGCAGCUCCGCCAACUGGACGGUAGGACUGCCCACCGAUAAUGGGCACGACAGCGACCAGGUGUUUGAGUUCAAUGGCACCCAGGCCAUUAAGGUUCCUGACGGCAUGGUGAGCACCAGCCUGAAGGAGCCCUUCACUAUCUCUGUAUGGAUGAGACAUGGCCCCGGGGCCCAUGAGAAGGAGACCAUCCUCUGCAACUCUGACAAGACAGAGAUGAACAGACACCACUACUCGCUCUACGUCCACAACUGCCGGCUGAUCCUUCUCCUCCGCCAGGAUCCAUCAGAGGCCGAGAACUACAAACCAGCCGAGUUUCACUGGAAACUCGACCAGGUCUGUGACAAAGAGUGGCAUCACUAUGUGCUGAAUGUGGAGUUCCCCACUGUGUCUCUGUUUGUGGAUGGAACUACCUUUGAGCCCUUCCUGGUUACAGAGGACUACCCACUGCAUGCAUCCAAGAUCGAAACUCAGCUCACUAUUGGUGCCUGUUGGCAAGACAACUCAGGACAUGACAAUGACACUGAGUCAGUCUCUGAGCCCACCUCAGGCGGAAAUGCUCGAAUGGCUCAGUUUUUCCGGGGGAACCUAGCAGGACUGAUGAUUCGCUCUGGCAAGCUGGAGAACAAGAAGGUGAUCGACUGUUUGUACACCUGCAAGGAAGGACUGGACGUGCAGCUGCCUGAGGAGGUAGCUUCAGCUGUUAAGGUGGAGUUCAACCCCAACCAGUCCUCUUUGACCGUUGAGGGUGACGACAUCGAUGCCUUUGACAAGGUCAUGCAGCACAUCUCCUACUUGAACUCCCGCCAGUUCCCGACACCUGGCAUCAGGCACCUUCGCAUCUCCACCACCGUCAAAUGCUUCAACGAGGAGUCCUGCGUAACGGUGCCAGAUGCUGAAGGUUAUGUGAUGGUCCUUCAGCCCGAGGAACCCAAGAUAAGCCUGAGCGGCAUCGACCACUUUGCUCGCAGCGCUGCCGAAUUCGAGAGCCAGGAAGGCGUGACACUGUUCCCCGAACUACGCAUCGUGAGCACAAUCACCCGCGAAGUUGAGGCCGACACAGAGUCUGAAGCAGCAGAGGGGGCUGACGACGACCCUACGGUCCAAGAGACAGUGGUGUCAGAAGAGAUCAUGCACAACCUGGACACAUGUGAAGUGACUGUGGUGGGAGAUGAGCUGGACGGGGAGCAUGAGGGCCUGGAGGUGGACAUGUCCCAGCUGCAGCAGCAUGGCCUGGAGAUGAGUUCCUCUAACCUGGGCCUCGUCAUCACUGGUGUGAACACCAUGGCCAACUACGAACAGGUCCUGCAUCUCAUCCGUUACAAGAACUGGCACACAGAGGCUCUCUUUGACAGGAAAUUCAAACUGGUCUGCUCUGAACUAAACGGUCGCUACAUCAGCAAUGACUUCAAGGUCGAGGUGAAUGUAAUCCACACAGCCAAUCCUGUGGAGCAUGCCAACAAUGCCAUGGUGCAGCCUAACUUCAUUAACCCUGUGCAUCAUGCCUCUGUGGAUCUGUCUGGUCACAACCUGGUCAACGCUCACCAGGCAUCAGUGGUUCCCAGUGCCGCCACCAUUGUCAUUGUGGUGUGCGUUAGUUUCCUGGUGUUUAUGAUCAUCUUGGGAGUGUUCCGAAUCCGAGCUGCACACCAGAGCACCAUGAGAGACCAGGAGAACGGCAAGGAGAACGAGAUGGACUGGGAUGACUCGGCCCUCACCAUCACCGUCAACCCCAUGGAGACGUACGAGGACCAGCACAGCAGCGAGGAGGAGGAGGAAGAGGAGGAGGAGAGCGAGGAUGGAGAGGAGGAAGAUGACAUCACAAGCGCUGAGUCAGAGAGCAGCGAAGACGAGGAGGGCGGGGAGCCAGAGGACCAGCAGGGGGCCAGCAGACAGCAGCAGCUGGAGUGGGACGACUCCACCCUCACCUACUAGAGCACUAGAACACACACACACACACACACACACACACACAGAGCACACACACACACACACACACACACACACACACACACACACACACCACUCAACACAAGCUCACAGACACACACAUCACCAACUCACACUCACCGCUCCACACACACUCCCCACCCCCCUACAGUUUCAUGUCCAAGGAGCCAUGAUGUAAAAAAAAAAUAAUACAAAAAACAAAAACAAAAAUUCCCUUCAACAUAUAUAUGGUCAAGGUUUUCCUGUUGUUAUCUUAGUGGUGGUACUCAGUGUAGUGUAGUCAUCACCGGAUUGCUGAUUUUUACUGUUUAUUUUUUUAUUUAUUAUAUUUUAAUUCCCAGGAAAACUUGGCCUACAUUUUGUUUUGAAAUGUGUGAGGAAGCCAACCCUGCACUUUUUGUUUUCUCUCUGAAGUAAAGGCUUUCAAAUGGAGAAUUUUUUCCCCCUAAUGUAUAUUCUUUGCGUAAUGCUUUUAGAUUUGUUUGCCGCUAAACUCACGUAUAGCUUUGACUUGAGUUCUCUUGACUUGUAGUCCACAGUGAAACAAAAUGAUGCUUUUAACAAGUAGACCGCUUUUUUUCUUUUCUUUUUCCUUUCUUUUAGUGCAUGAGGCUAUUUGAGAAGUCAUAUGUGUAGAGAAAUAAAUUGCUUUUUAAAGAUUUUGUAAAUAUAAAGAAACCAUGUAAUUAGUCAAUGUGUUAGUGAAGGCCUACUCAAUGGGGUCCAAUAUCUAAAAUGACGCAGUACGUAAUGUAGAAUAUUUGUGUCACAGAGGCUGUAGCAUGUCGCUAAAUUUCUGCAAAAGCUGUUCCAUCUUGCUUGUACAAAAAUGUCUGCUUCACGAUGAGAAACCCAGGACUGUUAAGCGGAGGUUUCCAUGACAAAGUGGUGUCCAUUUUGUCUUUUCUUUUUUUUUUUUGCAAAGAGGAAAAUUAGUUCUUUUGCUUUCUCGUAGAGAGGACUGGUCGAUGGUUUCAGCUUCAUACAUGCUUUGCUUUGCUUGCACAGGUGGCAAUGCUCUACUCCAGGUGUCAGUGUAUUUCAUUCCCAAUAGAUCUCAUUGUUGUACAGAAGGGAUUUUCUUUUUGUUCAGGGUAAUCAUACUCAGAGAAAUGCUAAUGUACAAAUCGACAUUUUGUGUGGAACAGUACAAACACCAGGCCAGCAGGUACUGUAGUGCUGUCGAUCUGGAAAUAUGGGUACUAACAUUUCUGCCAGUGUAUUUGGACAAGUCGAGAGAUUUCCUCAGCAGCUUUAAAAAGCCCUUCGUCCGUAUCCCAGUCCUGCUUUGCUGACAGAAGUAGGAAGGAAAAAACCCUUCAGACUACUGAAAGAGCAGAUUUAUGACAGACGGAGCUUUAGUGGAGCCCGAAUAGUGCAGUUGCUGGCAUUGUUUUGGGGGAGAGAAGUGAAAUGAAAGUACUUUCAGGAUUGCUUUGUUGCAAGUUUAUUUACAGUGGCACGGCUAUUUAACCUGAAACAAUAAAACCUUUAUUAGAUGCAUUUUUAAACUGGUUUCCUUUUGCAAAUUAAGCACCGUCUUUAUCGUACUUUAAGGAAUUACAACAGAGGGUAUGACUGCAUAGUUUACAAAAGGAAAACACUUUAUAAAUGAAUCUUGUUUGAAUCUUAAAAUGAAAUAUUUUUUUGCAGUAGACCACUAGAUUUUAUUGUACAUGGAACUGUACUGUAGAGUUGUUCUAAGAUAUUUGUUUACAUUUGGUAAACUUAUUUUCCAUCUGGUAUUAGUAUAAAGCUUAUACAAUUGAUUGGGAAAAUGUGUCCAACCUCUAUCUCCUCUCAGACACUGUUGUCCAUCACUGUUGUAUAUAUCUUUCACAAAAACCAGACACAAAUGUACCUUCACACGUAACUAUUUAGUGUUUGUGUCAUGUUUUUGGGUACCAAGUAAAAUGUUAACGUCUCCCAAACCUGCAUUAAUUACAGCAAAUCAGAUUUCGGGGCAGUUAAGUGAACAGAGUGUUCCAGGAUUAGAAAUGUUGUGAGUCUCAUAUUUUGCAUGCAAGUCUACUUUCAGAGGCCAAAAUUUAAUUUAAAAUCACAUUCAAGGCUCUUUCUGGAGACAGUUUCUUUUGAGGGUUUGAGUUGCACAGUUGUGUCUCUUAGCUUCAAUUAAUUUAUAAUUUUUUAAGAGGUGUGUGGUGGAAAUGUAGUGAACAGUCUCCCCUCCAUGAUGACUUGGACUUGUAAAAAAGGGGGCCAGGUCUGAGCCGGCUGAGAUGGGAGUGCCUUUUUCCGAUCAUAGCGUAAUUUAGCAGGUCUAACAAAAAAAAAAAACACUCAUCCGUGCUCUUUUAUUUGUGGCAAUUUUGUUGUUUUUUAUUUGUAUUUGUUUAAAGCUAGAUUUCUUACAGGGCUGGGGAUUACGUUUUCUUUCAGUUUGUCGUAACAAUAGUCCACCGCUAGUUUUAUUAAAAGUGAAAAACGUUUUACAUAGAUGUCAUGUGUCCAUGUUGAUGUGUAGAGGAAGUAGAUCCAUAUUGUAUCUUCUAUAGAUAUUGUACUAAAUCAUUGACGGAAUCCACCUUUAAAAAUAUGUACAGUACAUUAUGAAAUUGCUUUGGCAGCAUACAUGGGUAUACUGUUAACUCACCUAUUUGUGUAUAGUGGAAGGUAAUUUUGAACAGUGUCCUAUUGCCUGAGUUGUUGAGAAAUGAUUUUGAGGGCAGCAUGAAAUUCACCAGAGUUAUAAGCCUGUCAACUCCGAAAUUCUGUUUCAUUAUGUCAAACACUCGAUGUCCACAUUUCAUCUACAGUUUCAAAGUACAAUACCAUGGGUCACUGAUACGUGCACACUGACUCCAAAGUCAAGUCUCCACAGUGACUUCACCAUCUCCAGUUUUCUGGGUUUAUUGCUUUCUGAUCAGCCCCUGAGCUAAGUGUAAGUUGGUUGAAUUGAAUGUCACUGCCUAACAAACUGAAAUGCAGCCAUACUGUAAUAACACUAAGAUGUAAGGGGAAUUUACUUUGCAUGAACCACAAGUUUGUGUAUGUUCCAUGUGGGGUUGUGAGACUGGAGUGAGGAAGGAGACGUGAUACACUACUGAUUCUCAGAUUGUCUGUUUCACACGUCCAAAUGUUUUUUUUUUGUUUAUUUUUUUUUCUUUUAAAAAUUUGCUCAAAAUGGAUGGUGGCAAUGUUUUCAGAACGGUUGAAUGCUUCCUUUGUGCUUGUUGGAGCUGCUCUCACUUUUCUACCAAUUAAAAGGCAAAUUGUAGUGAAGUUGAUGCUUGCUCGUAAACAAAAUAAAGGAUGAUAAGAUGGGGUAUAA